AACACACCCCUAUCGGUUUUAGAAAAGCCAAGAAAGUUUGUGUCCACCAACCCCUAUUUUACACCAGUCUCUCCUACUCUGAUAUACUAUAGCUACUCUUCCCACUGGGUCUCAGGUGGAGACACAAGGAGACUCCCUUCAACCCACUUUCCAAGUUCUCACCUUUCCCCAUUUUUCUACUCUGUAUUGAGAAGAACUGCAGAACAUGGCACAGAUUUUGGCUCCCUCUACACAAUGGCAGAUGAGAAUCACCAAAUCCUCUCCCCAUGCAACUCCCAUUACAUCGAACCCGUGGAGUUCUUUACUGAUGAAACAAAAUAAGAAAACCAGUUCUGCUAAAUUUAGAGUGCUGGCAGUUAAGUCUGACAAUAGCACCAUCAACAGGCUGGAGGGUCUACUUAAUUUGGAUAUCACUCCAUUCACGGACAAGAUCAUUGCUGAGUACAUUUGGAUUGGGGGGACAGGAAUUGAUGUGCGCAGUAAAUCAAGAACAAUAUCAAAGCCUGUCGAACAUCCCUCUGAGCUUCCUAAAUGGAACUAUGAUGGAUCUAGUACUGGACAGGCACCUGGUGAAGAUAGUGAAGUAAUCCUAUAUCCUCAGGCAAUUUUCAAAGAUCCUUUCCGUGGUGGUAACAAUAUUUUGGUCAUUUGUGAUUCUUACACACCUGCUGGUGAACCUAUUCCUACAAACAAGCGACACAGAGCUGCGGAAGUUUUCAGUAACCCAAAGGUCAUUGCUGAAGUUCCAUGGUAUGGAAUAGAACAAGAGUACACCUUACUUCAAACAAAUGUGAAAUGGCCUUUAGGUUGGCCUGUUGGUGGCUAUCCUGGUCCUCAGGGUCCUUAUUAUUGCAGUGCUGGGGCAGAUAAGUCAUUUGGGCGCGAUAUAUCUGAUGCUCAUUACAAGGCUUGCUUAUUUGCUGGAAUUAACAUCAGUGGCACCAACGGGGAGGUUAUGCCUGGGCAGUGGGAGUAUCAAGUUGGUCCUAGUGUAGGUAUUGAGGCUGGUGAUCAUAUCUGGGCAUCAAGGUACAUCCUCGAGAGAAUUACUGAACAAGCUGGUGUUGUGCUCUCUCUUGAUCCAAAACCAAUAGAGGGUGACUGGAAUGGUGCAGGAUGCCACACCAAUUACAGUACAAAGAGCAUGAGGGAAGAUGGAGGCUUUGAGGUAAUAAAGAAGGCAAUUUUGAAUCUAUCACUUCGCCAUAAGGAGCACAUUAGUGCAUAUGGAGAAGGAAAUGAAAGAAGGCUGACAGGAAAGCAUGAGACAGCAAGCAUUAACACAUUUUCUUGGGGAGUUGCUAAUCGUGGUUGCUCAAUCCGUGUGGGAAGAGACACAGAGAAGAAUGGCAAAGGUUACUUGGAGGACAGGCGCCCUGCUUCAAACAUGGAUCCAUAUGUUGUGACAUCAUUACUUGCAGAGACUACACUAUUGUGGGAGCCAACUCUGGAGGCUGAAGCUCUUGCAGCUCAGAAGUUAUCAUUGAAGGUCUGAAUUUAUUGAUUGAUGGCAUUGUGGAUGGAACCUGUAGUUUGUAAGGAGCUGGAAAGCUCUUGCACUUUCCUUUUACAUCAUUACUUGUUUGGACCAAAGAGGUUGCCAUGCCCAGUUAUAUUGGUUGUCAUAUGAAAUGCACAUCGUAUAUCAGAAGUUUGGUUGGUACUAUUUGCUUCUGGACAAAAAGAUUUCAUUUAUGCUUGGCCA